GGUCCGAGUGACUGCCGGGGCGUCGGUCUCUGGGUGGUUUGCUGGCGCUUGAUCGCGGUUGCUGUCACUUUAGCAGCUAUGCUGUCCCACUCCCGGUGUUUGACCCGGACUCUCGGGCGGUCGCUCUCUGCGCUCACCCAGAGUAACAGUGUGUUGGGGCGAAGGACUGUGUCGGGCCUCUCAGCCUGCAGUCGUGUUGCUUACAAGAACAGCCAUCCGGACCAUGACACCAGGCCCAGUGUUUUCCACAUGAGAUACUUCAAGACCUCCGCGGCCCGCAAGGAUGAAGUAGUUACAGUGAACACACCCGCGUUCGCAGAGUCCGUCACAGAGGGGGACGUGAGGUGGGAGAAAGCUGUGGGCGACACCGUUGCUGAGGAUGAGGUGGUGUGUGAAAUUGAGACUGACAAGACCUCUGUGCAAGUCCCCUCCCCUGCCGCUGGUGUGAUCGAGGCUCUUCUGGUUCCAGAUGGAGGCAAAGUGGAGGGUGGAACUCCUCUCUUCAAACUCCGGAAAGGAGCUGGUGCUGCCAAAGCUGCUGAUGCCCCCCAACCCGAGGCUCCAAAAGCAGAGGCCCCCGCGGCAGCUCCUCCUCCACCGCCAACCCCAACCCCAACCCCUCCCCCACCACCCCCGCCUUCUGCGGUGGGGCCCAUCCCCACUGCCAUGCCCCCUGUCCCUCCCGUGCCAGGACAAGCCAUCGACACGAAACCUGUGUCCGCUGUCAAGCCCAGUGCGGCCCCACCCCCUUCGGCAGGCCCGACGGAAGCUGCAGCCAAAGGGACCAGGUCAGAGCACAGGGUGAAGAUGAACCGUAUGAGGCUGAGAAUCGCCCAAAGGCUGAAGGAGGCGCAGAACACCUGCGCAAUGCUGACCACUUUCAAUGAGAUUGACAUGAGCAACAUUCAGGAGAUGAGAAAGGUGCACAAGGAUGCGUUCCUGAAGAAGCACGGUAUGAAGCUGGGCUUCAUGUCUGCCUUCGUCAAGGCGGCCGCACACGCGCUGGCUGACCAGCCUGCUGUCAAUGCCGUCAUUGAUGACACAACCAAAGAGAUUGUAUAUAGGGAUUACAUUGACAUUAGCGUGGCAGUGGCAACGCCAAAGGGACUAGUGGUUCCAGUGAUCAGGGGAGUGGAAGCGAUGAACUUUGCCGACAUUGAGAAAACCAUAAACGAGCUGGGAGAAAAGGCACGCAAGAAUGAGCUUGCAGUGGAGGACAUGGACGGCGGCACUUUCACCAUCAGCAACGGAGGGGUGUUUGGGUCCAUGUUUGGGACGCCGAUCAUCAACCCCCCUCAGUCUGCCAUUCUGGGCAUGCAUGGGAUCUUCGACAGGCCGGUCGCCAUUGGCGGCAAGGUGGAGAUCCGACCGAUGAUGUACGUGGCCCUGACCUACGACCACCGUCUAAUCGACGGCAGAGAGGCGGUGACCUUCCUGCGCAAGAUCAAGGCUGUUGUGGAGGACCCCAGAGUGCUGCUCCUGGAUAUGUGAUCUGUAGCAACACAACCAAGUCCAUUUAAAAACUGCUCCUCCUACACAAGGCAAUGGUUAUACCCUUCUCAGUGGUCCUUAUCGCAACUGAUCUAUUAUACUGGUUAAACACAGAGCGGGAAGUGAAUGUUCUAAGGAUUCAUUCACAGGUGAAAAAGCUGGUUUGAAGUUCUGCAUGGGUUUGAAUGGCAAAGAAUUUCUUGCUGAUGUACAAUAUAUCACAGGCCAGGGUUUCAGUGGAACAGGUUCCUGCUUAGUGUGAAGGCUCCUUUUUCAGAACUCAAUAAAUGUAUGAAAUGUUAGUUCAGUUAAUUGUAAAUUGCAGAGACAAGCUUGAAUAUGUUGGUGUGUGCGUGUGUGUGUGGGAAGGGGGGACAAACCACAUGUUUAACACUUUAUAUGGGAAGAGUCAUUACAAACCAGAACCACUACUUGUAAGAUCUUCAAGGUACAGUUUUUUUUUUUAAUAUAUUUUGGUACAACAUUUUCAAGUGUUGGUAUUAGUAUUGGAGAUGCACAAGUCAGCAGUAUGUCUUUCACACAAGUUAGAAAUCUGAGUCAUUGAUCACCCUGAGAAUAGAUUCUGUCUGUGCUGUAUACAAAACAUGUAACUAUUUAAGAAAAAGGAUUUUAAAAACAUUAAAAAAAACACAAUACACUUGUA